AUGGAUGGUCUGAGAGGGAUGCCCACAGUCGCAAUCUGGGAGGUCUGCCAUUUUCCAUUUGUGGAGCAGCUCUUUAGUCUUUACAGCGCCCAUGUCCAGUGCGAAGUCGAUUUAACACGACCCAUUCUCGUCGAGGUAGUUGAUGUCCUGGUACCUAACGGGUUUCCUAGUGAUUGUAUUAUAUUGUGGGAGUCCGGAUUAGAUUUUCCCCAUUCUGAUUUCCAAUCAGCUAGACCAUAUAUGGGGUGCGCCCCGUAUACGCUUCCUCGCAAUGCACCCUGGUAA